AUGGCGCAACUAGUCGGGGGUCUGGGAGGCGGAGGAAGCCCCCGGAGUCCUCAGCACGCCUCGCCCACCGCCAGCGCCUCAACCGCGCCGUCCCCGUCUGUUUUGUCCGAGGCUGCCGGGCCCAACGUUACCGCCGCCGCGGCCACUACCACUACCUCCUCCUCCGCUACCACCACGAGCAGCUCCUGUCGCGAGAAGCCCCGCGGCAGCUUCUCAAGGCCGGCUUUUCUGCAGCUCACGCCAGAGGAGCUCCUGCUGGCCGACGACCACACGGGCAGAGCCGUCCAGAGUCCCCGCGAGAGUCGCCGUCGCCUGCCCUGGAGCACCGGCUACGCCGAAGUGAUAAAUGCUGGUAAGAGCCAACAUAAUGAGGAUCAAGCUUGUUGUGAAGCCGUCUUUGUGGAAAAAAGAGACAGCCUGAGAAAUAACCCAGGCCCCAAGGGAAUCUCUGGAGAGUCAGAAGGCAGCAAAGGUCUGUACUUUUACUACUGGGGUUUGUUUGACGGACAUGCUGGAAGUGGAGCUGCAAUCAUGGCAUCAAAACUGCUUCAUUUUCAUAUUCGUGACCAACUCCGAGACUUGGUGGAUAUCUUACAAGAUUCCUCUCCUCCUCCAAUUUGCCUGCAAAAGGGACCCAGGACAUUUCUCACAGAACCAAACAAAGCUCCUCUGGCAGAAGAUGCAGAGGUCCCAAACAGUGCCUUGCCACGCUUCCAUAUGGAAAAGGUGGUUUCCCAUGAAAGUUUAGUAGUGGGAGCCAUUGAAAAUGCAUUCAAGCAGAUGGGCUAUUUGAGGCCUGAAUUACUGGGAAACGAGUUUACUUUCUUUGAGUUUCCCCGAAGGAUCCAACAGAAGGAAGUGGGAAAGAAGAUGUUAUAUAGGGACCAAAAUAUGAAUGGCUGGGCAUAUAAAAGGAUAGAAGAAGAUGAUCUGAAGUUUCCACUUGUAUAUGGAGAGGGUAAAAAAGCUCGAAUGAUGGCAACCAUUGGGGUAACUCGAGGCUUAGGAGACCAUGAUCUCAAAGUUUACAACUCCAACAUCCACAUUAAGCCUUUCUUAUCUUGCAUUCCAGAGGUGCACAUUUAUGACCUCACACAGUAUGAGCAUUGCCCUGAUGAUGUGCUGGUGCUGGGCACUGAUGGCCUCUGGGAUGUCACUAGUGAUCAGGAGGUAGCCACUGUGGUCAUUGAUGUAUUGAUGGGCUAUGAACCCAAUGAUCCUUGCAGAUAUACCAUGGCAGCCCAGGAAUUGGUAAUGAGAUCCAGAGGAGUUCUGAAGGACCGUGGCUGGAGGCUGGCCAAUGACAAACUGGGUUCUGGAGAUGAUAUAUCUGUUUUUGUUAUCCCCCUGGGUGGUCCAGGAAACUAUUCCUGAACCCUGAACCUCCGGGAUACAGAGUUCUUGAUUCAAAACUAUAAAAAAUGUAAUUUAAUUGAAGAUUGUAGAUUCCCUUGCUGUUGAAAUAUUUUGUUCUUCAAGUCUUCAGAAAUGGAUUAUAAAACCCAGUCAUAAAGACUGCAGUUUCUCCAUCCAGUUUUCAUCUUUUUCAAGCAAGCGAGAGACGUGACACAUAGCCGAAAUCAAACUCUUUCAUGAAUUUCUCCCAUAAGGUCUUGAAGUGCUGUAAAAAUCCUUAAUUCUCAGGGCUGUGUGGAAUCUGUGAUGUGGUGCCAGGGAAAGAAGACUCUGGGUUCCACUGGCAUGGAAAUGGUCUUCAUACUGAUUGUUAGUUCUGGACUAUCCUUGAUCUGUUACAGUACUGAAUCAUUUGUAAAUAUUUUUUUUUUGUUUCCCCCGUGAUUAUAAAGGGACAACUCAAGAUGCCAAGGACCACCUCAUUUUGAUUCACAAUGGCAACUGUGCCUACUUGUCUAGAAAAUACUGUCUUUCUUGGCAAUUAAUCAUAUGUGAAUUGCUAAAAAAUAAUGUCAAGUAAGUGUUGUUGACUGGUUGCUAGUUAUUUCUUGGAUUUAUCCCAGGCAGGAUAUGCAGUUUUUCCCCUCUGAAAGUUGGAUUUCAGGCUGAAUGAAGUAAGCACUCAUUUUAAAUGUAUCACUUAUUUUGCAGGGAUUUUUCUGCAUCAUGUUAAAUACUGUACAUCAUUUAACAAAAUUUGCUAAUUUUAUAGGAGUACUUCCUCUGAACGGCAGCAGAUGGGUACAACUGAUUUCUACCAUAGAAAAUAUUGUUGAAGAAAAUCUUACCUUGUAUUGCUUCCUCCACAAAGUGGUGGAACAUCUGGUGAUCUAAGUCAACAACUGAGCCUUAAAUAACAAUAUAGAGAAAUCUUCGGCAGGUUAGGGAUUGCAAAUAUGUAUCUAAGGGCAAACUACAUCUAUAGAAGUUUACAUUGUAGAUUUUAUUUCUAGUCACCUGUGCUCUUUUAUGAAAGAUUGAAAAAUUUCUGCAUGAAAUCUCUACCUCUACAGCCCAGAGCCCUGAGUUCUUGGCUUAAUGAAUAAAACAUAUUCUGUACUGGUUUAAAACUGCCUGGCAAUAGUAGCUACACUUUAUAACUUGGUAACUAUUUCAAUUCAAGGAACCUAGCAACUCACAAUCUGCAGUUUACGAUACAGUUGUGAGCAAUUGAGUGAUAAGACAUAACAAAGGGGGUAUUGAAGACUAUCAUAUUUAUUAAAAACUUUCAUGGAUCACCUCUGAUUCAUGAAAGGUAUAUGCAAUGGCAAACUUGUGCACCUUUAGAAAACUCUUUUUUUCCAUUUACUGCACACACACAAACACACAACAUGGCUAUGU